AUGGCAGCACAAUUAUAUGAAACAACAAGUGGGCGUUUAUUUCAUGCUGGUGCAGUAGCUGUAAUUACAGUGGGCUUGCCUGCUCGAGGUAAAACGCAUGCUUCAAGAUCUUUAUGUCGAUACAUGCGAUGGUUAGGUGUGGCUACAAAAGUAUUUAGUGUUGGAAACUAUAGAAGAGAACGCUUAGGAUCACUUUCUGAAGAGUGGUUUGAUCCACAAAAUACAAAGGCAAUAGAAAAACGAUUAAAUAUUGCAGAGGAAUGUCUUGACGAUUUGAUUAGUUGGCUUCAAAUAGGAGGUGGUCAAGUUGCUAUAUUUGAUGGCAACAAUGUUACAGAAUCAAGAAGAAGGCAUAUACAUGACAAACUUUUAAGUAAUGACAUUCAUCCUUUGUUUUUAGAGUUUAUCUGCAAUAAACCAGAUAUCAUUUUAGCAAAUAUUCGAAGUGUCAAGAUUUCUUCACCAGAUUAUGUUGGAUGGGAUCCAGAAGAGGCUGUAAAAGAUUACAGGCGCCGUAUUAAACAACAUGAAGAAUAUUAUGAAACAAUAACAGAUACAACACUUCCCUUUGUAAAGAAUAUGAAUGCAGGAGAACAAUUUAUUGUAAAUAAUGUUAUUGGCUAUCUUCAGUCACGUAUUGUCUAUUAUCUUAUGAAUCUUCAUAUUCAACGUCGAACAAUUUAUUUUGCAAGAUGUGGGACUUCGUUAAAUGACAAUUCAUAUAAAGCAGAUGCAAAUUUAUCCAUGGAAGGUGAAAAGUAUGCCGAAAAACUAAAAGAGUUUAUGAUAUCUUAUCAUAAACAAAAGGAUACUAAUAGACCAAUAGAUGAGCAACGUAUCUUAACUAUUUGGACUUCUACACAGAAGAAGGCUUUAGAAACAGCUAUUCCUUUUGUAAAUGCCGGUCUUUCUGUCAGGCAACAAUCUGUACUUAAUCAGUUAAAUCCUGGUGAAUCAGAUGGUUUAUCACCUACUGAAUUAAAAAAGAAAUUCCCUGAAGAGUUCGCUAAACUUCUUGAAAACCCUUAUCGUCAUCGAUAUCCUCGUGCUGAGGUAUUAUAUAUAUAUAUACAUGUUUAUAUAAUGACAAUAGCAAUUGAUAAAUUAACUGUCAACUUAUCUUAUAUAUAG